CUUCACUAUAGAAAAUAUAAAUGUAGUAGGUACUUCAAUUUUCCACAUAAAAAGAGUGCUUCCACUUGUUCUAGUUUUCAACCUUCCUUAACGGUAAAGAAGAAACCCUUGGAAAUAUCUUCACUAUCUCUCUAUACUAUGGAUUCAAGCUCAAACGAAGUAGUUCUAGAUCUCUCACCGUUACUAAAACUCUACAGAAACGGCCACGUAGAAAGACUCUCAGGAUGCGACGUCGUUCCACCAUCUUUUGAUCCAACGACAAACGUUGAAUCCAAAGACGUUACAAUCUCAAAAGAAAACAACAUAUCCGCUAGAAUCUUCAUUCCUAAACUCAACAACCAUGAUCCAAUUCAAACCCAAAAACUCCCUCUCCUUGUUUACUUUCACGGUGGUGGUUUCUGCAUACAAACACCUUUCUCACAAAAAUACCAUAAAUUCCUCAACUCAAUCGUUUCUCAAACUAAUGUAAUCGCUGUUUCCGUUCAUUACAGAAGAGCACCAGAACACCCUCUUCCUAUAGCUUACCAAGAUUCAUGGGAAUCCCUUAAAUGGGUCGCUUCUCAUAUAAACGGAAACGGUUCUGAUGAAUGGAUUAACCGUUACGCUGAUUUUGAAAAAGUGUUCUUUUCAGGAGACAGUGCGGGUGCUAACAUUGCACAUCACAUGGGUAUUCGGGUCGGAACCGAAGGGCUUCAAGGUGUUAAUCUUGAAGGGAUUGUUUUGGUUCAUAGUUACUUUUGGGGUGCGGAAAGGAUUGGAUCUGAGGCUGAGAAAUCUGAACAUUUAGGUUUGCUUGAGAAUCUAUGGCGUUUUGUGUGUCCAACAACUAUUGGAUCCGAUGACCCGUUAAUUAACCCGGAAAAGGAUCCGAAUUUGGGGAAGUUGGGUUGUAAGAAAGUGCUUAUUUGUGUUGCUGAGAAGGAUUUGUUGAAGGAUAGGGGUUGGUAUUAUAAGGAAUUGCUUCACAAAAUUGGUUGGGGUGGUGUUGUUGAAAUUGUGGAGACUAAAGGGGAAGAUCAUGUUUUUCAUCUGUUUAACCCAAACUGUGACAACGCUUUUUCUUUGCUUAAUCAAAUUACUUCUUUUAUUACCAAUAGUGGGUAAGCAUCUAAUUAUGCACUACUAGUUAUUAUGAAUAAUGAAUAAUGAAUAAUAAUGUAAUGUAAUUGGUUCUUUUUUUUUUC